GAACAGCCCGGCGGCCGCACCUGCCCCGCUCGGUCUCCCGCCGCGGCGCCUGCGAGGGCACGCGGAGCCCGAGCCCCCGCCCCGCGCCUCUGCCGCUGGAGGGCCGCGCCCCCGGAGCCAUGACCCGCUCCAGGCCGGGCCGCCCCGCGGGGCCGACAGCGGCGAGCGCUGCCCGAGCACCGCCCUCAGCGGGAGGGGGUGAGGCGGGACGCUCCGCGGGCCCCCCAUUGGCUGCAGGACAGACGUUCCCCACCUAUGAGCGGUUAAGGUGGCGCCGUCUAUUGGCCAAGAGCGUCGAUGGACAGCUGAAGGGGCCUAUGCGCAUGGCGGAGCCCCGCCUCCGGAAGCGUGCGCUGCCGGCAGCCGAGGCCGGUCCCGGCGGGAGGUGCGCCAUGGCCGGCGGUGGGGACGCGCUCCGCGCCCUGCUCCGCGCCGCCAACGCCCUCCUGCAGCAGCGCCGCUACCAUGCCGCGCUCGCCGUCCUCAAGGGCUUCCGCAACGGGGCCGUUUAUGGAGCAAAAAUUCGUGCCCCACAUGCCCUGGUGAUGACUUUCCUGUUCAAGAGUGGAAGUUUAAGAGAGAAAUUGAAAUCGAUUGCUCAGGCUACGUACACUCAUUCCCGGAACCUGGCGUAUUUUGUGUUCACCUACAAGGGGCUGAUGGCAUUGCAGUCCCAACUACAGGGGAAAAAAAUUCCAUUUCAUUCUUUCUUUGCAGCCUGCAUUGGAGGUUGGCUAGUGUUCGGUGAGAACAAUGCCAUCAACAGCCAGAUUAUUAUGUACCUGCUGUCUCGUAUCCUGUUCGGCUUGUCUCGGCUGGCAGUGGAAAAGGGCUAUGUCCCGCAGCCAAAGCAGGAUCCCUUUCCACUUGUCGCUGCUCUGAUAUGGGGAACAGUUCUCUGGCUCUUUGAAUACCACCGGCAAACCCUGCAGCCUUCUCUGCAGUCCUCCAUGACCUACCUGUAUGAUGAUAGUAACGUAUGGCAUGACAUUUCUGACUUUCUCAUUUAUAACAAAAGGACAGACAGCAAGUAAAACACCUUUGAAUGGGAACACCUUCCAGCAGCUAAGGGAAAAGGUGAUUCUGUUGCUCUUGACUGAUGAUUUUUUUUAAAUUAACAUCUAUCAAGUACUGUUGCUUCUUGUGUCCUGGCCAAAAAUGCUCUGAUUAGUCUUCUCUUGGCUUUGUUUAGAGCAAGUAAACACCCCACAGAAACUUGUUGCAGUCCUCAGUGAGAGUAAAAUGCCUGGGGGGAAUCUUGAGUUAGAAUAAGUCUUUUUUUUAAAAGAGGCCUUAUUUUCCCUAGAAGUAUGUGGUUUUAUUUUUUAAAGGAACUAAAUAUAAAAUGACAGCCUGACAGUAAGUGGGGAGUACGUCUAAUCAUGAAAAAAAAAAUGUUCUAGGGAUUGUCUGAAUGCUCACAAGACAGAAGCGUUUUUCUGUGCUGCUGUGCUCACCGUAGUGUGAUGGGACUGAGGGACCUGCUCAGGUCUGAAAGCAGGGACAUAUUUUUCUUGAUUUCUGUGGACAACUGGAAAUCUUGUUUAAACUAUUACAAGGACAGUUGUGUGCUCCUUAAGAGAGUUUCUCUGCAGUUUUCCCUCAGGGAGACAAUAAGAUGUUUGAGAAUAAAACUGUUGAGAUUGUCUGGUAGAAGCCUGGUAAAUCAGGCUUGGAAGGAAUAUUUUUACUCUGUUUCUUUCAUGCACUUGGGCUGAAUCUGUCCCUCUGCAGAGUGCACUAAUUAAUACCCUGUAAUUAUUUUAAACUUAUUUGUAAAGUUUUUAAAAGCUGCUUGAACUAAAUACCAAAAACAGUUAUGCAACUUAGACUCCUUUGAAAACAGGCUGAGGCACGUUGCAUGCCCUCAGAUAUCAUGCUGGGUACUGUAUACAUAGAAGCGAGCAACACUUUUAACAAGCACUUUUAUUUUGGUGGAAGAUAAGCACAUGAGUUUCUCUUAGGUCCAGAAUCUUGAAUAUACUGGUAGUCUAUGUGGGCUUGUUGCUGAGCCAGGUUGAGGCCAUGGAUGAACAUACAAGUGAAUCUUACUCUUAAAAAUACGUCGCUGAGCCCCAGGAAUAGCGCAGCAUGUGCUGGGCUUUAACAGAAGACUGUCUAGAUAGCUGAGAGAGAACGAAAACUGGUUUAAAAUUAAUAAAAUUAAACUGUUAAUAGUGCAAAGCACUCACACUGUUGUAUAACACUAUGCCAUUCACUUAAUGAUGUACAUUAAAAUAAUUCCUGACA